AUGAACAACAACAACAACAGCACUUCGAGUAGUCUCAGUAGAUCCCUUCUCGACUCUGAUUUAGACCCUUAUUCUCCAGGUUAUCAUAAUAAUAAUAAUAAUAAUAAUAAUAAUAAUAAUAGUCAACAACAACAACAACAACAACAACCAAAUCAACCACCACAACUACAGCAACAACAACAACAACAACAAUCAAUACCCAUCCCUCCUCAACAUCAUGGAGCUAAUCAUCAACAAUCAAUAGAAGAGAUGUUUGACAAGAUUGAUUUAUUUGGUGAUAUUGGUGGUGGUUCCGGUUUAGAUACUCCCAAACAACAACAACAAUCAACAUCACAAUCAUCAAAAACUAUCAAUAAUAAUAAUCUAUUGGAUUUAUCUGGAUUUGAACAAAUAUUAUCAAUUAAUAAUAAUAGUAAUAACAAUAAUAAUAAUAGAAAUAAUAGAAAUGAUGAAAAGGAUGAAGAGAUAAGAUUUAAAGAAAAGAUAUUUAAUAGUAAUAGAUUGGAUUCAUUGAUUGAACAAUUAAAAGAGACGACAUUGAUACAUGGAGAGAUUCAAUCGGAAAAGGCAAUCAAUGAGAAUAACAUUCGAUCUUUGUACAGACAGUUAUGGAUCGUUGCCGAUGAUGUACAGACGCUUUCGGAAACGUGUCCAUGUGGAUCGACCGUCAACCACGUUGUCAAGAACCAAGUGUCACGUCUCAACAUUGAUAUUGCCAAGCAGCUCGAAACACUUCUUACCCAGAACCACCAUUACAACACCUCUCAAUUUGUCGGCUCUCUCUUUUCACAAUCUCUCAAUGAGUUGCGUGUCCUAAUCUAUUUGUAUAGGUUUGUUUGUCGUGACCUUGAAAAUAGUAAUAAUAAUAAUAAUAAUGAUUUGAUUGACGACUUGUCUGAUGCAUCGGAUACUGAUACAUCUGCAACAUCAGCUGCCAAACUACUCAACACUGAAACGAUCAUACUUGACAAACUCGUGACUGCCUAUAGUAGUAGUGAUAACACGACUGUGCCGUCACCACCUAUCCUCAGUUUGUUGUGUCAACUUACACUCAAGCUCAAGUCUAAACUUGAUACUUAUAGUAUCAGUGCUAGUAAGCAGCAGCAGUCGUCAUCAACCCAUGGAUUGGAUGGAAGUGGUAACCUAAUCGACACGAUUGAUUUUGAAGACGAUAUAUUGACAUCAACGACUACACCACAAUCACUACUCCAACAAGAAAGUGUUAAACGGUACAACAAGAUUAUUGCCGAUGUUACAUUCAACUUUAAACAAGAGUUUGUUGCAUGGGGAUACAUAUUGAUUCAACCGACCAUCGAAGAUGUGUUUCAACGCGACUGGUUACUUAAACUAUUCCACAUACCCGAUGUGUUGGCUGCCAACCAAGCAGGUGUCACACCCAACAUCAAAUAUCUCUCCGAACAAUCCUACAUCAACCUCGUCUCUCAACUCGACUUUAAGAAUCGAUUUGCCAGACUCACCACCUACCAAAACCUCAACGUCCACGAUAAAAUACUCUAUCCUCUUCAAAAAGCUUUGGAACUCUCCAUCUCACUUAAAAUGAUGCAAUUAUCUCAAACCAUUUGUAAAAUAUUAGCUAUGAAAGUGAAAAAUGUUUGGGGAUAUUAUUCAAGAGUUUGGAUUAAAUUAUUAAAAGUUAAUUUAUUUGAUGAAGAGAAUUUAACAAUAUUAAAUUAUUUAGCAUGUGGUAGUUAUUUAAAGAAUUAUGGUAAUGAGAUGAUAAGAGAAUUAGAAUCAUCUUCUGUAUCAAAUCAUGAUAUAAAAGCAAUGACCAAAUCAUUGGAACGUAGACCAUGGAUUUGUUAUAUGAUAUUAAUGGCACAUAUACAUACACAAAAGAAAUCAAUGUCACAACCAAAGUUAAAGGAUUGUUUGGUACUGAUAAAGGAAAUGGCUAUCGACCUCAAAACCAAUGCCAUUUCACUCAUCUUUUGGGAACAAUUUUGGGUUCUCUAUUUUGAAUUACUCAUGACUAAUCAAACUGAUCCCAUGUCUCAAGACACCAAGAAUAAUCUAUAUUCCACAAUCUCUCUCUACAUGAACAAAUAUCCAAUGACUCCUCCAAUUAAAAAAAUAUUUGAAACUUUUACAACUUGGAACAAACAUACUAUAUUAUCAUAUAAUGGAGAAAAAUUUAUAACACCAUCAAAUGAAGAAUUAUAUAAAAUAUUUAUAACCAAUGCAUUAUGGGUAUUUGCAAAGAAUGAAGAUAAAUUAAAUCAAGAACGUAAUCAAAAACAUUGGUUGUCUGGAUUUUCAAAGAUUAUUGAUCCCAAAGUAUUGUGUGAUCAAUUGCCAAUGAUCAAACCUGCAACUGCCAGUGACUUUAGUUUGGAAGUGAAGAAAUACAAAAAUUUCAUAGAGAUUUUAACAACCACCUCUAAAAAUCUUUCAAAUGGUCAUAGACACAGUAAUUCUGGUGAAUUUGAAGGCAUCAGAUUAUUUAAUGAUCUAAAAUUAUAUAUUGGUCAUUCUAAAAGAUUAUCAAAUGAUAUUUUAAAUGAUGAUAAAGUAUUUUUAGAUCUUAGUCAAAAUUUACAUACUACUACUACUUCAAAACAAAAUGUAUUAUUAAGAUGUACAAAUGUUUGUAUUGGGGUAACAAGUCAAUAUGAUCAAAAAAUAUCAAAACCAAAUACUCAUAUUCAAAUGGAGAUUCAAGAGAAUAGAAAAAAGUUUAAUCAAAAUUUCUAUUCAUUGUUUGAAAGAAUCUAUCAAUUAUCACUAUUGGCAUGUGUUGUAGAAGAUGAACAUCUUUUAACCAUGUUUAAAGGAAGAGAAAUUGAUCUAUUCAAACAUCUUGUCGAUUUGGUUCAAGAUAAUCAUACUGAUAGUAUUGUAUCAAAGUUGAUUUGUACUAUUAGAGAGAUUGCAAUUGACAUUGGUAGAGAGAUUUUGACCAAAGAUCCAUCAAAUCAACAAUUCCUUGUUGAUUACUUUUUCAAAAAGGAUCCAAAGAAUGGUACCACUUCGGGUGACUUUUCCAUUUUUAUCAGUUUAUUCUCACCAUCCAACAUUACAAACAUCAACACUUAUUUGGAUGUAUUAGAGGAUUGUGUUCGUUUCAAUGGUAUAUCAAACAAAGAAAAGAGAGAAAUCAUCGACUUGUUUAAAUUGGAAAAUCGUAUUCAACAAUUAUUUACUUGUCCAAGUGGUAAAGAUCGUCUUGUUAAUCUCUUACCUUAUUUUAUUACUUUACCAAUGAUGGAAUCAACUAUAGUUUUAAUUAAUUCUUUAUUAUUUAUUGACUCAUCACAUUUAAUUAAUAUAACAUUAAUGAUGGUAAAAUAUAAAGCAUCAUUUGAAUUGAUGGAAAAGGUGUUUGGUAAAAGUAAACCAUUUUAUGAAUUUUUAAAGUCAUUGGGUCACUCGGACCAACAGAAUCUUAUCAUUCAGACUAUCAUCGAGUUGAUGACAGACACCAAGUCUGUGAGUGCACUGUUUUUGCUUGGUAAUAUUAUAUCGUAUGAUUUCCUCAACCGACCAUUCCUUCAGUCGCUGUUGACCAAGAUACGUCUUAUUUACAUCCAAGCGAUCCGACCAAUCGACAAUGCCACCUCACCAAGCCAACACAGUCAACCCUAUGUAUUGAACAAUACCGAAUUCAAACUGUCGUUGGAUUUCUUUGUCGAUUUGACAUUGUUGAUCCCACGUGCCGUCAAUAUGCUCUGGGAGGUAUUCUACUAUGGUUAUAUGCCACUUCUCGAUCAAAUGGAGACACAUGGCAGCUCGGGUGUGGCCGAUCGUCACACUCAGGAAUUGGUCGAGUUGAUUGGUAACCUGGCGAUUGGAGGUCACAUGAACGUGGCCACGUUCCAUAUUCAGAGCGCCGAUGUAUUAGAGCAAAUGUGUCAUGUCAUUUGUCAGACCAUCUACUCUGAUAUUGUAGUGGCUAUUUUCUCUAUUGUCGAUUGGAAUCUUCUCUUUUCAAUGGAAAAGAUUCCAGAUGUCGUUGCACUACACUAUCUCAAGCUAUCGAUCUACAUGUCGAUCAUGAAUGGUCGUUCCGUGUCGGCACCAGAGACUGGAUUGGCAUUGGCAUCGGAAGGUGUCUCUUUGGAUUGGUACAAGUGUGGUGAUUUGUCUGAAGCAUCGGUUGUCUUUGAUGGCAGUACCUUUACCUCCAUCAUUGCAAGUCCCACCCUAAAACUCAAUCCCUCACAAUCCAUCGUCGAAGCAUUGACACUAUUCAAAGAGAUUACUCUCUACCUUGACAAUUAUUCUCUUGCUAUUGCUCUAACCUUGGAAAUUCGUUCAUUGUUAUAUUUUAUUGCUCAAAGUUUUGAUCAUUCUUCUUGUAUGUCUAAAAAAAAAGAAAAAAGAAAAAAGAAAAAGAAAAAUUGGUAUUUACCAUUUGUAGAUCAAUUAAAUUUAGUACAAAAUUUAUUGUUACCAUUGAUUAGAUCAUUGGCAGAAAACAAGGCAGCCAAAGAUCAAGAACAAUCAGGUAUUCAACAAAGAAUGAAAUCGAUUUUAAAGAUUACCAUGUCAUGUUUGGAAUUCUCUCAACAUUUGCCCAAGACUGAUUGUCCACUCUUUUACGGAUCACUCACUACCGUCGAUGAACAGGGACACUUGGAUUCAUACAACAAGAUUCAAAGAAUUAUGAUGGCAUUUUGUUCAUCUCUAUCGAUGAAUCUUUGUUUACAAAUCAUGCCAAUUGCUCAUAUCGUUCUUCACGGUACCAAUUAUUGUCAAGUAAUGGAAUCUGUUCUACAUUCUUUCUUUACCGAUGACACUAUCCCAGUUUCAACUUUAAUUAACAAAUAUUUAGUAUUUACAGACCCUCAUUUAAUUAUUGAAAAAUCAAUUCAAAAUGGAUGUCCAUUAUUAUUUAAUCCUCUCACCUCCUUAUUCUCAAAAAACAAAGCUGUCCUACCUCAAACUCAUUUAGCUUCACGUGCUUGUUGUGUAUUUUUACAAAGAUCUAUCCUUCAACAAAUUGGUAAAUCAAAAGAAGAUGAAUCAUUAUUAAAUACAACAUCAGAUUCAUUAAUGGAAAUGAAAAAGAAAUCAAGUCCAACAUUUAGUAGUGGAGCAGGAGGUGGUAGUGCAACACAAUACCAUGCUUUUAAUCAAUUUUUUGAACAAGCCGAAAACUUUUUAUCGCCCAUUGUAGAGAUUGAUGAUUUCUCACAAAUCCUUGUACAAACUCUUAUCCCAUUUGCUUCCUAUCUAUUAAAUUUAUUAAAUCCUUUUUCGAUCGAUCUCCGACUCUACUGGUCCGUGCCACGCUUGCAUCGUCUGCUCACGUAG